AUGGCGGCCUUCUGGAACUCAGAGAUGGGUGUCUUUUUCCUGCCAACGGGCCCCAUAGGCCCGACUCUCAUGGAUGUGGCCAUGAUCGCCCAUCUUCCCGUCGUGGGUGAGGACCCUGCUCUACCCAUCCAAACACAUGCACCAUUACUUGCUCUGCCGAUGAUCAGUCGGGAGGAGGACCCGACUAGGAGGAAAUAUUUUCCCUCUCUGCCGAUAAGUAGUCGGGAAGGUGCUCCGACCAGGAAGCAAUCCUUGUCAGCACCACCAAGAGAUCCGACGCCUUCACCACCCGAACCAGCGGUAGUAGGAGUCUCGUCUGAUAGCGAGGCAACUGCCUCACAGAUGGGCGGACUGCCAGCUGAGGCCGCGGACUCUUCCUUUCUUAGCGAGGAACCAAUCGUCCUUUCUGCAGCCGCCCCUAUCACGGCCGCUCUUGCUGCAACCGCCCCUAUUGCGGCCGCUCCAGCUCCUGGAAAUGUCUGGGGUGCGGCCCGCCCAACUGCUGGAAACAUCCCACCUGCGGCCGUCCCAGCAGCGGCCGUCCAAGUCGCACCUGAUUCGCCGGCCGCGGCCGCCCCAGGCGCGGCCAUCCUGAUGGCAGCCGUCCCAAUUGCAGAGGCAGUAGGACGGGUAGCAGAACCACCUGCGGCCGUCCUGCCAAGAGGUCCCCCGCAAGACAUAGAAGAGAUUUCUUCUUCCGAUUCGGAGACCUCUGUCAACCUGGGGCCCAAGUCAGACCCGCAGCGACCUUUUGCAGCAACCGAAGAGUUGGCCAUUGCGGUGCCAGCUGCCCGUCCUCCCCGACCGACGACGCUCCUCGCGCUCUCCAUAACCACGGUCCGCCCGGAAAGACAUCUUGAUCUAGCCCCUCUGUCGGCCAUUCCGAUUCUGGCGGAUAUUCAGGCCAUCUUUGCUUAG